AUGUUCCCUAUUGAUGCUCAAACAUCAGAGGAGCCCUUGGAACAUGAUCGCGUGUUCCACUCUGAGAACAGUACAAAGGAAGUCUACCAAGGUGUGGCUGCUUCUAUUAUCAAGUCAGCUGUUCAGGGAUAUAAUGGGACUAUUUUUGCUUAUGGUCAGACAGCAUCAGGCAAAACAUAUACAAUGUUGGGUACCCAAGAUAGUCCAGGUAUCUUACCCAUGGCAAUUAAUGAUGUCUUCAAUACUAUCUGCAGAAUUCCAAACAGGGAAUUCCUACUCCGUAUAUCAUACAUGGAAAUUCAUAAUGAAACUAUACAAGAUUUGCUGUGCAGUAACAUUAGGAAAAAGAAGCCAUUGGUGGUUCGUGAAGACAUCAAUAGGACAAUCUAUGUUGAAGAUCUGAGUGAAGAAGUAGUGGUUUCUCCAGAGCAAGUUAUGAGCUGGCUGGAGAAAGGAGAAAAGAACAGGCACUAUGGUGAGACGAAAAUGAAUGAGAGAAGCAGCCGUUCUCAUACAAUUUUUAGAAUGAUCAUUGAAAGUAAAGAAAAGGAUACUACUAGCUCAAGCUAUGAGGGAGCUGUAAUGGUUUCUCAUUUGAAUUUAGUAGAUCUGGCAGGAAGUGAAAGAGCUAGCCAAACAGGGGCUGAAGGGAUUCGACUUAAAGAAGGGUGUAAUAUUAACCGGAGCCUCUUCAUCCUGGGCCAAGUUAUCAAGAAACUUUGUGAUGAUCAGUCCGGAGGCUUUAUCAAUUACAGGGACAGCAAACUAACAAGAAUUCUCCAGAACUCCUUGGGUGGAAAUGCUAAGACUGUUAUCAUAUGUACAAUUACUCCAGUAUCAUUGGAAGAAACUCUUAGCACACUACAGUUUGCUAGUACAGCUAAAAAGAUGAAGAAUACCCCCAAAGUCAAUGAGGUUCUUGAUGAUGAUGCCCUUCUAAAGAGGUACCGUAAGGAAAUAGAAGAUUUGAAACGCCGACUGGAAGAAGUUUCAUCACAUUCUCAUACCAAAGAUCAGUUAACACAACUCUUGGAAGAGAAGAAUUCUGUUCAGAAACAGCAGCAAGACAGGAUAAGAGCACUGACAGAGAUGCUAGUGACGGCAUCCUCUUUUUUGCAAGAACGGGAGCUAAAAGCUAAAAAGAAGAGGCGUGUGACCUGGGCUCCUGGAGCAGUAAGCCAAGAUGGAGGGACUUUUUUCUUGGAAGACUUUCCUGGUAGAGCCAAACGCUUUAAAGCUUCUUUAUCUUCUCUCACAGAGAUGGAAGAAUCUGUCUCCUCGGAAUUCUCAGAAUAUGAUGAUCAGUGCAUGACAGCCAGUGUUGUAACACCUGAGGAAGAAUGGAUCCCAGGAUCUGAAAUAAACUUUAGUCCUAAACACUCUACUGAGUCAAUUCAGUUUUGCCAAAGCCUUUUAGAAGAAAGGGAUAAUGCUGUCACUGAACAGCAAGCCAUAAAAGCAAAACUAGAUACUCUGUACUUGGAGAAAGAACAGCUGGCCUAUGAACUCACAGAGCUGCGUGAGAAAAUGUCAACCAAUGAGUUUGAGGCCCUUGAGAAAGAGGCCUCUGAAGAGCAGGAGAUGCAACUAAUGCAUGAAAUUUCCAACUUAAAGGCUAUAAUUUCAAAUGCAGAAAUAUACAAUCAAGACCUUCAGCAAGAAAUAAAGUCAAGAGACAUGCAGUACAAGGAACAAGAGGAGAGAAUCAAAGCAUUGGAAGAACACACUGAGAAGCUUAAAAGCCUUGUAGAAGAGUUAGAAAGAGAGAAAAGAGAUGUGACCAUUUUAGUACAAACUCCAAGCAAAAACUUGGAUGAAAUGCAGCAGUUAAAGCAGUCUCUUAGAGAUGCUGAAGCAGUUGCCCUGGAUGCCAAGAAGGAAUCUGCAUGCCUCCGAAGUGAAAAUCUAGCACUAAAAGAAAAAAUGAACCAGCUCUCAGAUACUUACACUCAAAUGGAAAAAGAUCUUGGAUGCUACAAGAGCCAGUUGGAAGCUGGAAAAGUCACCUAUAAAAAAAUGCAGUCUGAUCUGCAGAAAGAAUUGCAAUACUUCUUGCAAGAAAAUGCAAAGCUGGCAUCACUUGUGAAAAUUAAUGAUUCAAAAGGCUUGCUAUCAUGUCUGGAGUUGGAAAGGCAAAUGGAGGAUUUAAAAAACGAGCUGAAUAAAGCUUUGGAAGAGAACAUGAGUUUAAAGGAAAAGGUGACUGCAUUAUCAGAAGCAAACUCUGGAUCGGAUCUUGAAAUCUUCCACAAAGAGAUUCUUGAAAAAACUGAGACAAUUGCUUUGCUGAUGUCAGAAAAAGAAAUGUUGCUCUCUCAAGUUGCGGAAAAGGAGAAAAUGGUUCAUGAAGCGACUCAGGCAUUGACAUCCAAACUGGAUUUAGCAAAUGAUGAAGUGAUGAGAGGAAAUGCCACCGCUUCUGAAGAACUGAGACACCCAUGUGAUAAAUUGGGGCAGAAAUCCUUGGUUGUGGCUGACGAAAGGAAAUCCAUGAACAGCCAGUUGGAUUCCUGUUCCAAUGACAGCCUCAGUGCAUCCAUCAGUGAUAUGACCCAAGAGCAAUCUAGCAAAAAUGGAGAAUUGCAUGCAAACAACUUUGAGCAAGAGGAGCUCCUCACUCUUAAAGAACAACUGGAUGAAGCUCAUCAGAAGCUGAGUGAAAUGGAAGAGCUCAAAGAUCGGAUGAAGGUUUGGGAGUCUGAAAUGGAAGCCGAGGAGGCACAGAAGCUGGACAUCAUGCAAAGACUUCAGAAGGGUGAAGAAGAAAUAAGAAUCUUGACCCAAGAAAGAAAUGACUUCAAGCAAAAGCAGGAAGCCCUUGAGGAGGAGAGAGAUCAAAUCAAAGAAGAUAUACAAGAUACUAUCUUGAUAAGCAUUGAAGCACAGGAGGGGUUGAGGAAUGCCCAAAAUUCUUUGAAGCAGUACCAGAAGCGCAUUGAAGAACUUGAAGAAACCAUUGCAGAGAAAGACACACAAAUUUUAAGAGUUAAAGAAACUUUAGAGAUCACUAUUGAUGACCAAAAACAACAGCUAUCUGGUAUGAUACAAGAGCUGCAGGAUAAACAGAAAGAGCUGGAGACGUUGCUGGAGGAGGAAGAACAGUUCUUUGCAGUCCAGCAGCAACAGGAGAUGUUAGAAGAAGUACAAGAAGAAUUAAAGACUAGGGAUUCUGACCCUGAGGCUGAAAAGAUGGAGAAGCUGGAAAUGAUCCAAAAGCGUUUGAACAGAGAAGAAGAGAGAGGAGCUCUAACCCAGGAAAAAGAUUACCUACAGCAGAAAUGCAAAGCUCUCCAGUCUGAGAGAGGAGCAGUAAAGGAAAGUGAGCAGAAGAUUACGGUGAAGAUCCAACAGCUAGAACAUAAUUCCUUUGAGCUGCAGCAACUGCUCCACUUGAAAGAAGAGGAGAACCAGCAGAAUGUAGAGAGCGUGAAUGAUGCAGAAGAGCUGAAGAUUAACCCUGAGUGUCAAAUGGAAGCCCUGCAGAGGGAGAAAGCAGAGCUGAUUCAGAAGCUUCAGGGCGCUGCAGAAGAUGUCAAAUGCAUCAGCCAAGAAAAAGAGCGUCUGAGAGCAGAGGUAGAAGCUCUUCAAGCUGAGAAGGAUAACAUGACUCAAACUGUCCACCGUCUGGGUGAGACUAUAGAGCGGCUUGUUCCAGCGAAUUUGGAACUGCAGGAACAACUGAGGGAGGCUAAUAAUUCACUCAGAGAACAGAAGGAAAUGGUAGAAGAACUGAAAGGAAAAGUCAUAGCCACAGAUUCUCGGACUUCAAAAAUUCAUGACGAGCUGAAGAAAAAGGCCGAGGAUACUCAAUUAGAACUGGAGAAAUUGUUGGUGUAUGUAAAAUUACAAGAAGAUGAGGUUAAUACACAGAAGAAUUUAGUUCUUGAGAAACAACAGACGUUUCAGAAACUUGAAGAGGACGUUAAAGAAGAAACAAAACACCUAAAAGAAAAGAUCCAACAGCUAGAACAUAAUUCCUUUGAGCUGCAGCAACUGCUCCACUUGAAAGAAGAGGAGAACCAGCAGAAUGUAGAGAGCGUGAAUGAUGCAGAAGAGCUGAAGAUUAACCCUGAGUGUCAAAUGGAAGCCCUGCAGAGGGAGAAAGCAGAGCUGAUUCAGAAGCUUCAGGGCGCUGCAGAAGAUGUCAAAUGCAUCAGCCAAGAAAAAGAGCGUCUGAGAGCAGAGGUAGAAGCUCUUCAAGCUGAGAAGGAUAACAUGACUCAAACUGUCCACCGUCUGGGUGAGACUAUAGAGCGGCUUGUUCCAGCGAAUUUGGAACUGCAGGAACAACUGAGGGAGGCUAAUAAUUCACUCAGAGAACAGAAGGAAAUGGUAGAAGAACUGAAAGGAAAAGUCAUAGCCACAGAUUCUCGGACUUCAAAAAUUCAUGAGCUGAAGAAAAAGACUGAGGAUAAUCAACUAGAAGUGGAGAAAUUGUUGGUGUAUGUAAAAUCACAAGAAGAUGAGGUAAAUAUCCAGAAGAAUUUGGUUCUUGAGAAACACCAGACGUUUCAGAAAUUUGAAGCGGAGAUUAAAGAAGAAACAAAACACUUGAAAGAAAAAAUAAUAAAAUCAAAUGAAGAGGUCAGCAGCCUUAUUAAGGAAAAGAAACAUUUGACAGCCGAAUUGAGAGAGCAGGAGAAAUAUGUACAACAGCUACUGAAAGAGAACACCUUGCUUCAAAAAGAGAGAGAUGACCUUCAGCAAGAUUUGCAGAGCAUUAGAGAAGAAAAUAAAAGCCAACUUCAGGAGACCUUAUCUGAAAACAUUGCAGAGGAUUCUGAAAUAAAUGUCAAACAAGAGAAGCAAGACUGCUUUGAAACCUUGGAAGUGAAAAUAUUCAGAAUAAUGGAGGUUCUGAAGAAAUUUCCAGUGCUGGAAAAAAGAUCUGAAUAUUUCAUAAAUAUAUCUCUCCAGAUUAAGAGCCAGUUUGAUAACAAGAAAGCCCUAGUAGCCAAGUGGCUUCCUAACAUUUGUCCACAGGAAGCCAGUAACAUCAAAAGGCUUCAAAUGGAAUAUGAACGCAUAAAUAACAGCCUCUACAGCUUGUUGCACAAACUUCAGUACUUUUUUACCUGCUUGUGCAACAAAAGAACAGAAUACUACACAAAUGUCAGCAAGUACACAAGGGAGCUGCUUGAUGAGCAAAGAACUCAACAUGAGCUGCUAAUACAAAUUCAGCAUCUCAGAAGGCCUCACUUGGAACAGCAGGGAGCUGGAUCCCAGCAGUCUGGAGUCUCUGGACUGAACCAGAGCUUGGAUGGUCUCACAGAGCAAAUUUUGAAAGAAGCUUCUGAAAUGGAAGAAGAACUCGGCAGCACAGAACUUAUGUUACAAGAGUUGGAAUGUGAGAAUGUAGAGAUGGAACAGUAUUUGGAGCAGUGCUCAGAUCAUUUUGAUAUGCAAGGUUUUGAGGCAAGAGUAAAGCAAAAUAAUGAAAAGCUUUUAUCCAUUGGUCAAUCCCUAAAACCCAAAGCUCAGCCCUAUUUUCAAGCUAGAUCAGAGCUAGAAGCCAGAAAUGCCAACUACUGCAGAGAGAUUGAUGCUACCCUGAAAGCGUGUAGAGAAGAAACGAAGGAAUUGAUUCUACAGUUAGAUAUGUUAAAGAAAGAGCAAAAAUCCUGUGCUGUUGCUAAUAUGGCACUAGAAGAAGAAAACCAUAAACUAAGAUAUAAACUGAAAGCAACAGACCAAGAUAUAAAGAAUCUAAAGUGGAAAAACCAAGACCUGGAAAGCAUAGCAAAUGAAGCAGGAAAAAAUCUCCAGGAAAAGGAGAAAAUAAUUGCCACACUAGAAAUGAAACUUAAAGUGAGAGCUUCCAGGAGUGAAGUAGUCAGACUUCAAGCUGCAUUAGAGGAAAAAGAAAAUUGCCUAAGAAACGCAUUAAUUGAGAGAGAAACACUCAAGGCCCAGGUGGAUAAAGGUGCUGGAUUAUAUAAGGAGGAAAUUGAAGACCUGAGAACUCAGCUUGCUAAAGCUGAUAUGGCAAGAAUGAAGCAAUCCAAACUGUUUGAUCAAGAAAUGGCAAAUGCAAAAGCUCUGGCAGACCACAGGGAAGAGCAAUUAAGGAAGCUAAAGGAAGAACUUCGUAAAGCACAACAAGAACAAGAUGUAACAGUAACGUCUAACAAAGACCUUCCUUGGCCAUCUCUACCAAUUACUUGUGGUGGCGGUAGUGGAAUUGUACAGAAUACCCAUAUGCUAGUGUUAAAAUCUGAGCAUGCAAAGCUGGAAAAGGAUUAUAAUCAACUCAAGAAAGAACAUGAGCUUCUGUUGACAAAUGAACUUAGCUUGAAAGAAGAAAUUAAGAAAUGGAAGGAGCGAGCUAUGAAGAAGAGGGAGCGGACCUUGGGAGACACGGGUGAGGAGCGGAGAAUCAAAUCUCCAAGGAAGGUGGCAGCUCCAUCCCUUUCAGCAUUGCCAGCUUCUCCCUGCAGGGAGCGCUCCAUGCAGCCAAUUUUGCCUUUGGACACACCACAGUUGAUGCCCUUGAACUGCCCAACAAAUUUCUUUGAUAACUCAUGCUUAGGAAUCGUUGCAGACACAAGAUCUAGCAAAACAGAAUCUGAAGAAAACAGUUUGAACCACUGGCUUUCAAAAGAAGAUGUUCCUAAUUGUAAGACACAGUGACAGUCAGGUUCUUUCAUGGACUCUGGGCAAGACUGAUACAUGCUGCUCAGUUUUUCCACUUCUGGGAAAAUAAAACUGAUGGUCUUUGUAUUUAUGUUCCAUCGUACUCAUAUGUAUUUCUUACACUUGUUUGGUGUCUCUCCAUUACAGAUUCAUUUUGUAUUGUAUUUUUAAAUGCAUAAAUAAAAUGACUUUACAUAAAUA